GGGAGUCCCAUUGUUAGUUGAAAAUUCAUCCAGUAAUUUCCUCUUCAUUGGGUCAUCUAUGUUGAUGCCAACAUUCCUUUGUGUAGAUGAUAAAGCCAGUGGGGUAUCGCCAUCUUUAGUACAUUGAAGCUGAAAAAAUUAUCAAGAACUGCUGGAACUUUUACUGGAUUCUUCUUGGAAUUGAAAUACUCCAAAACAGAAGCUUUUAUCUGGAAACUAAUUGCAUGUUUUGGUCUCUCAUGUUAAUUUAGCAUUAUUCUCUUCAUUAGCUUUGGGGAGUACUUAUUAUCUUCCCAUAUUAGAGCAUGUAAUCCUUUUUCCUUAUCAAUAAAAAAGGUUUCUAUUUAAAAAAAUGGCUCAAUAUUGACAAAUAACCCUUGAUUGACUUUGUUUUAAAAUAUGAGAAUUUAAUUGACAUUUCGUUAUAGACUUAUACCACGAGUAUUAAAUUGACAGUUUUUCCUGUAUUUUUUUUAUUUUUUGUGCAUCCUAUGGGCAAUGGUGGACACAUCCAGGUCCAGCCCAUAGCAUCUGACGUGCAAUGACACAGGGUCCAAAAUUAGUGAAAGCCCAGAAAAAGUAGUAUUAUAAAUUUGUCCAAAAAGCCUCAGUCCAUUAUUAAUUUAAUUUGAAUUUAUUAAGUAAUUCAAGACCCAACAACUUAACCCAUUCAACCACCAUUCCGCUGAAGAGAGCAGUCGGCAGAGGCCUCUUGAGGCUUCGAUCCUCGAUGAACGAACCAGCUAAGAGCUAAGCAAAGACCGGCCCAGAGAACGAACGAACCAGCAAAGACCGGCCCGACUCGCAACUCACAACUACGGAUGUGGAAAGCUUUGGGCGUCGCCAGAAGGAUGAAGCUCAAUCAGUCCAACGAAGCACGGCAAGCAGCACAUAACUCAGUUCUUUGAUAGCGAAUACCUUCCUAAGUCCUAAACAGAGAUGGGAGAUGACUAGAUGAGUAACAACUUAUUGUCUUUAUUCUUACAGUAGAAACUCAGAUGUCUGAUGAUGUGGAGAAUCCCAAAGGUGAAAACACUAAGUCACUUCAUACUCCUCCACAUGAUGUCCAGUCAACCUGGUAUGACAGCUUACUUCUACAAGCAUCUAUUUAUGGCAUAGCAGUAGGCUAUUGUAUAUCAGCAUCUCUGUUGUCCAUCAUAAACAAAUGGGCCAUAAUGAAAUUCCCUUACCCGGGUGCUCUAACUGCCCUUCAGUACUUCACAAGUGCUUUUGGAGUCCUUGUUUGUGGGUGGCUAAACUUAAUCCAACGCGACAGUCUUGACCUCCUCACAUUAUGGAGAUUCUUACCCGCGGCAAUAAUUUUUUACCUAUCGCUUUUCACAAACAGCGAACUUCUCCUGCAUGCCAAUGUGGACACUUUUAUUGUCUUUAGAUCGGCAGUGCCAAUAUUUGUGGCAAUUGGGGAGACUUUAUACCUCCACCAGCCUUGGCCGACGAUACGAACGUUUUUGUCCCUAGGCACCAUCUUUGUUGGUAGUGUGGUUUAUGUCAUCACAGAUUACCAGAUCAACCUAAUCGCAUACGGUUGGGCAUUGGCUUACUUGCUGAGCAUGUCGGUUGACUUUGUCUACAUCAAGCACGUUGUCAUGACUAUUGGGUUGAACACAUGGGGCCUAGUGUUGUACAACAACCUUGAGGCUCUUCUUCUUUUCCCCAUUGAGCUCCUCAUAAUGGGAGAACUGAAGAAGAUCCGGCAUGAGAUUACGGAUGAAUCGGAUUGGUACGGAUUUCAAGUGUUGUUGCCCGUGGGUCUCUCGUGCCUGUUUGGUUUGUCAAUUUCUUUCUUCGGGUUUUCUUGUCGUAAGGCGAUAUCCGCCACUGGGUUCACUGUACUUGGCAUAGUUAACAAGCUGUUGACGGUCGUAAUAAAUCUUUUAAUAUGGGACAAACAUUCUUCUUUUGUUGGUACCGUGGGGCUGUUAAUAUGCAUGGGUGGUGGCAUCAUGUACCAACGGUCAACAACAAGCAGUAAACAGAAGGGUGCGGGAGACACAGGCCCACAGCUGGUGGAGGAGGAACAAGAAAAGCUGCUUGAAAUGCAGGGCAGCUCGGAUCCCAUCAAUAAUGUAAAAGAAGUUGCAGAAUCUGAAGGGGGGCAGUGAUGUAAAACUUGAAUAGAACUUACCUGGGAUUCUUUUAGGGUCUGUGUGGGUGGGAAGGGUUUGGAAGAGAAGCUUUGUCAUAGUCGGGUCUAUAUCUUAAUAAAGCAGAUGUUCAUAAAAACAAAUAAAAGGUGACUGGAAUGUUAUAUGAUCACAUACUUCUACAAGCAAGUCCUUCAAAGUGUUUCUCUCUAGAUCCCUCCAGCCAGACUGUUAUAUGGCAGACAUUUUUUCACAGCACUAAUCGCUCUAUCGCUCUGGAAGCUAGCCGAGUCUUUUUUUAUGGGGAGGGGGUGUUAGGAAUUGGGGCCUAGUUCAUGGCUAGACUACUUUACAUAUGAAGUGUUGUUUGCAAAUGAAAUCAGAAGCAAAUGCCUGUUGACUAUGAUUGGAUAGUUUUGGACUUUUGAGCUUGAUAGUUGAGAACAGGUUACAGGUUCAGACUUUGUAAACUGAGUAGUUUUUAAGCUGUUUAUAUGUUCAACUGUGGACUCGCUGAGUAGUGUGAACUCAUCCCCGCACAAAUAUCUUAUGUUUCUAUUAAAGUUGCUAAGGUUUUCGCUCAGUUAACAAUGGAUUGUUUUCCUCCUCAGUUAACAGUGGAUAGUUUUGGACUUUUUACUCCGUAAUAUGUAAACAGUAAUGUCCUUUUAUCUUAAAAGGCUAGAAUUCUCGCGCAUGGGUUAUGUUACAUAGGAUGUUGUUAUCUAUAUUAGACUACGUUAAUGAUGUAAAAAAGUGUUGUUAAAGAUUGAGAUUCAUAGAACUUGUGUGACUGCACAAAUAGUGAGAAACAAAUAGUUAUGCAC